AUGGAUGGGGGAGAAAACGAAGCGCGCAUCAGCUACCAUGAGUACAAAAGGAGGCUGAAGAAACUCACGGAGGAAAUAAAAAAGGAAAAGAAAAAAACGAUUAACAAAAAUAAAAAUAGCGAUAAUUUGACCAAAUUGGAAGAAGAACUGAGCAAGCUGAACGCCAUGUACAAUCUGGGCAAUGCGGAGGAUGGAGGCGAAAUGAAUAACUCGGAAAAGCAGAAAGAUCACGAUAGUGAGGCAAACAUACAUGAAGACAUGAAGGAUGGUGUAACUACCACGGAGCUAUACUCAUACAAUGCAGUGUCGAAAAAGGCAUUAAGAAAUAUAAAAAGGACACAAAGAAAAGAGAUGGAGAUUGAAAAGAUUGAGCAGUCGAGAAGCAAAAUAGGAGAACUUGAAUAUGAUGAAUUGGCUGAAUGUUUGAAAAAAGUAAAUAAAACGAUCCACCCCAUUGCUCCUGAUGGGAAUUGUCUAUACGAAUCGAUUUUACACCAACUGAGACAGAGAGUAAGCGGAUGUAAAUAUCACGAAGAAGACUUUUUGAAUCUCCUACAUGAGGACAGAUUUUCUCUGGAUAGUGUAAAUUUGAGGGACUACCAAAACGGGGGUCUCUUUGACUUUCGCAUUUUCUCCGAUUUUGACCCACAGGGCUUGAGCAGUGACAUCCUGCGCUUUCUCGCUGCGGUGUAUAUUUUGCAGAACGAGGAGCAGUUUGUUCACUUUGUGUAUGCGACUGAGGGGGACGAGCCGGCUGCGGACACCUACUUCUGUUAUUGUGAGGCUAUUAUCAAGGGGGUUUACGGGAGCGAAAUCGAAAUCAAUGCCCUCUCGAAAAUCUUGAAGAAGAAAAUUACGGUCUAUGACGUAAAUAUGAAAAUUUCGUAUGGAGAGGAGCAUGAAACUGAGCUGUUCAUAUGCUUCCACCAUAAGCUGUACGCAUUAGGGAAGCACUACAAUUCCGUCGUUGACAUGUGA